AUGGCGGACAAUCAUCGCAAGAAUGAGGCUUAUCUCUCAGCCGUCAUCGGAAAGCGUAUCAAACUCUUCCAAGAACACCAAGCCAAGCAGCUCGCGCAGCGACAGUCGCUGCCACACGAUCCUAUCAAAAUUACAAUUAAAGAUGGUAACAACGUGAAAGAAGUGAAAGAAGGAAGUAGAUGGCAGACCAUUCCAAUGGAAAUCGCAAUUUCUAGGGAUUUGGCAAAUCCAGCGCUGGUUUGUUCGGUUAACAAUGUUCCGUGGGACCUGAAUAGGCCACUAGAAGGAGCGCCCAUAUUCUCGGCCAGGCUCUUCUGGAGCAGGAGUAUGUGUGUAAACUAUCUGAGCCCUGUACAAAUAGAGAGGAGGGUUUCUAUUAUGAUGCAAUUCUAUGGAGAUCUUGGCUUAAACGACGAUCACUUGAGUAAAAUCGAAGACGCUGCUUCAAAAGCUGUGAGGGCAAGACAACCAUUUGAAAGGAUUCAAGUGACCAAGGAAGAGGCUCUCGACAUGUUUUCUGAUAAUGAGUUUAAGGUUGAACUCAUCAAUGACUCCAAGGAAGAGAUGAUUACAGUCUACAGAUGUGGUAACUUGGUUGAUUUUUCUGGUGGACCACAUAUACCAGAUACUUCCUUUGUCAAAGCUUUCAAGUGUUCCAAGGCAUCAGCAGCUUACUGGAAAGGUAACAGAGACCGGGAGAGCUUGCAGAGAGUUUAUGGGAUAUCUUUUCCGGAUAAAAGGAAAAUGAAGGAUUAUCUUCAUUCCAUAAAAGAAGCGGAGAAAUAUAACCACAGACUAUUGGGAAAAGAUCAGAAACUUUUCUUCUGUCACCACCUCAGCCCAGGGAGUUGA